AUGGACAAGCAAAGCAGUCAAACUAUAAAGGAACACCAUGUUGAGGUGCACUGUAUUGAGAAUCAACCUGGCGACCUGAAGACAAGCAGUCAAAUAAUAAAGGAACACCAUGUUGAGGAGCACUGUAUUGAGAAUCAACCUGGCGACCUGAAGACAAGCAGUCAAACAAUAAAGGAACACCAUGUUGAGGUGCACUAUAUUGAGAAUCAACCUGGCGACCUGAAGACAAGCAGUCAAACAAUAAAGGAACACCAUGUUGAGGUGCACUGUAUUGAGAAUCAACCUGGCGACCUGAAGACAAGCAGUCAAACAAUAAAGGAACAACAUGUUGAGGUGCACUAUAUUGAGAAUCAACCUGACGACCUGAAGACAAGCAGUCAAACAAUAAAGGAACACCAUGUUGUGGUGCACUAUAUUGAGAAUCAACCUGGCGACCUGAAGACAAGCAGUCAAACAAUAAAGGAACACAAUGUUGAGGUGCACUAUAUUGAGAAUCAACCUGGCGACCUGAAGACAAGGAGUCAAACAAUAAAGGAACACCAUGUUGAGGUGCACUGUAUUGAGAAUCAACCUGGCGACCUGAAGACAAGCAGUCAAACAAUAAAGGAACACCAUGUUGAGGUGCACUAUAUUGAGAAUCAACCUGGCGACCUGAAGACAAGCAGUCAAACAAUAAAGGCGCGCCAUGUUGAGGUGCACUGUAUUGAGAAUCAACCUGGCGACCUGAGGACAAGCAGUCAAACAAUAAAGGAACACCAUGUUGAGGUGCACUAUAUUGAGAAUCAACCUGGCGACCUGAAGACAAGCAGUCAAACAAUAAAGGAACACCAUGUUGAGGUGCACUGUAUUGAGAAUCAACCUGGCGACCUGAGGACAAGCAGUCAAACAAUAAAGGAACACCAUGUUGAGGUGCACUAUAUUGAGAAUCAACCGGACGACCUGAAGACAAGGAGUCAAACAAUAAAGGCGCGCCAUGUUGAGGUGCACUGUGUUGAGAAUCAACCUGGCGACCUGAGGACAAGCAGUCAAACAAUAAAGGAACACCAUGUUGAGGUGCACUAUAUUGAGAAUCAACCUGGCGACCUGAAGACAAGCAGUCAAACAAUAAAGGAACACCAUGUUGAGGUGCACUGUAUUGAGAAUCAACCUGGCGACCUGAAGACAAGCAGUCAAACAAUAAAGGAACACCAUGUUGAGGUGCACUAUAUUGAGAAUCAACCUGACGACCUGAAGACAAGCAGUCAAACAAUAAAGGCGCGCCAUGUUGAGGUGCACUGUAUUGAGAAUCAACCUGGCGACCUGAGGAAAAGCAGUCAAACAAUAAAGGAACACCAUGUUGAGGUGCACUAUAUUGAGAAUCAACCGGACGACCUGAAAACAAGCAGUCAAACAAUAAAGGAGCACCAUGUUGAGGUGCACUAUAUUGAGAAUCAACCUGACGACCUGAAGACAAGCAAUCAAACAAUAAAGGAACACCAUGUUGAGGUGCACUAUAUUGAGAAUCAACCUGACGACCUGAAGACAAGCAGUCAAACAAUAAAGGAGCACCAUGUUGAGGUGCACUAUAUUGAGAAUCAACCUGGCGACCUGAAGACAAGGAGUCAAACAAUAAAGGAACACCAUGUUGAGGUGCACUAUAUUGAGAAUCAACCUGGCGACCUGAAGACAAGGAGUCAAACAAUAAUGGAACACCAUGUUGAGGUGCACUAUAUUGAGAAUCAACCUGGCGACCUGAAGACAAGCAGUCAAACAAUAAAGGAACACCAUGUUGAGGUGCACUAUAUUGAGAAUCAACCUGACGACCUGAGGACAAACAGUCAAACAAUAAAGGCGCGACAUGUUGAGGUGCACUGUAUUGAGAAUCAACCUGGCGACCUGAGGAAAAGCAGUCAAACAAUAAAGGAACACCAUGUUGAGGUGCACUAUAUUGAGAAUCAACCUGGCGACCUGAAAACAAGCUGUCAAACAAUAAACGAACACCAUGUUGAGGUGCACUAUAUUGAGAAUCAACCUGACGACCUGAAGACAAGCAGUCAAACAAUAAAGGAGCACCAUGUUGAGGUGCACUAUAUGGAGAAUCAACCUGACGACCUGAAGACAAGCAAUCAAACAAUAAAGGAACACCAUGUUGAGGUGCACUAUAUUGAGAAUCAACCUGACGACCUGAAGACAAGGAGUCAAACAAUAAAGGAACACCAUGUUGAGGUGCACUAUAUUGAGAAUCAACCUGGCGACCUGAAGACAAGGAGUCAAACAAUAAAGGAACACCAUGUUGAGGUGCACUAUAUUGAGAAUCAACCUGGCGACCUGAAGACAAGCAGUCAAACAAUAAAGGAACACCAUGUUAAGAUGCACUGUAUUGAGAAUCAACCUGGCGACCUGAAGACAAGCAGUCAAACAAUAAAGGAACACCAUGUUGAGGAGCACUGUAUUGAGAAUCAACCUGGCGACCUGAGGACAAGCAGUCAAACAAUAAAGGAACACCAUGUUAAGGUGCAAUAUAUUGAGAAUCAACCUGACGACCUGAAGACAAGGAGUCAAACAAUAAAGGAACACCAUGUUGAGGUGCACUAUAUUGAGAAUCAACCUGGCGACCUGAAGACAAGCAGUCAAACAAUAAAGGAACACCAUGUGCACUAUAUUGAGAAUCAACCUGGCGACCUGAAGACAAGCAGUCAAACAAUAAAGGAACACCAUGUUGAGGUGCACUGUAUUGAGAAUCAACCUGGCGACCUGAGGACAAGCAGUCAAACAAUAAAGGAACACCAUGUUGAGGUGCACUAUAUUGAGAAUCAACCUGACGACCUGAAGACAAGCAGUCAAACAAUAAAGGCGCGCCAUGUUGAGGUGCACUGUAUUGAGAAUCAACCUGGCGACCUGAGGAAAAGCAGUCAAACAAUAAAGGAACACCAUGUUGAGGUGCACUAUAUUGAGAAUCAACCGGACGACCUGAAAACAAGCAGUCAAACAAUAAAGGAGCACCAUGUUGAGGUGCACUAUAUUGAGAAUCAACCUGACGACCUGAAGACAAGCAAUCAAACAAUAAAGGAACACCAUGUUGAGGUGCACUAUAUUGAGAAUCAACCUGACGACCUGAAGACAAGCAGUCAAACAAUAAAGGAGCACCAUGUUUAG